AUGACUGUUACCGGAAAUUUUGGAAUGAUGCCUCGACCGUGUUUUUCAGGUUAUCCUUUCCAAGAUCUCGGAUUUUAUCCAGGUCAGGGAAGAGUAAAUCAACUAGGAGGAGUGUUUAUAAACGGAAGACCGCUUCCCAAUCACAUAAGACUGAAGAUAGUGGAAAUGGCAGCUGCUGGAGUUCGACCUUGUGUCAUAUCAAGACAACUCAGAGUGUCACAUGGAUGCGUUAGUAAAAUUUUAAACAGAUAUCAGGAAACGGGAUCGAUACGUCCUGGUGUGAUUGGCGGUUCCAAACCUCGAGUAGCAACUCCAGAAGUAGAAAGUAGAAUAGAACAAUAUAAAAGGGAAAACCCUUCGAUUUUCAGUUGGGAAAUUCGCGAUAGAUUAGUCAAAGAAGGAAUAUGCGAUAGAAGUACCGCCCCCAGCGUAUCGGCUAUAUCGAGACUUCUUCGAGGAAAAGGAGGAGAAUAUGAAGGAGACGAAAAAUCCACUGAUAACGAAGGAGGUUCGGAUUGUGAAAGCGAACCUGGUAUUCCAUUGAAAAGGAAACAACGUCGAUCUAGAACCACAUUUACCGCACAUCAAUUAGAUGAAUUGGAAAAAGCCUUCGAAAGAACUCAAUAUCCCGAUAUAUAUACGAGAGAAGAACUAGCUCAGAGGACUAAGCUUACAGAGGCAAGAAUUCAGGUCUGGUUCAGCAAUAGAAGAGCUAGAUUGAGAAAACAACUUUCUUCUUCAUCGUCAUCAUCAUACGCUUCUUUGGGAGUUGUUGGAGGACCUUACAGUGCUCCUUCUACCCCAUAUGCCUCGUCCCUCGGCCAAGGAUUAAGCGAUAGCACUUUCCCGAAUUCGGGAGCCACCGCUUCGAGUACUAUGACUGAACUAUACCCUAAUCAUGGUGGUCAUUCAAUAUCCCCUAAUUUACCAAUUUCAGAUGUGAAAUGGGAACAUUCUCUUCCACACAACCCCUACACAUCUCACCCGAUUUAUCCUUCUAACAUAAUGCCGAUAUCCCAAACUUUAACCCCUUCUAUUAGCCUUUCCUCCAACGUACAACCAAGCUCUUCUCCUAGUAUGACUACAAAUACACUACAGAGUAUAUCUCAAACGACUGAGAUAGGGGAAUAUAAAGAUGGAAAUCAUAAUACGAUUCACAAUUCAUCCAGUCCGUCUGUUGGUCAGCAAAGUUAUACGAACAUGGUACCUACAUCUGGAAUUGCUACGUUGAUUGGACCAAAUAGCGCAAACAGCAACAGUAACGAAGCGCCCUGUACGGAAUCCAACACGGACCACCAUCUACCUUCUCAAUGGCACAUGUCUUCACCCCAUCAAAUAAGAAACGUGAGUCCGACGUUGCCGAGUCAAGGUAUUCCAGGUAGUUUGAGUCAAUUAGGACAACCGUUAUCGCAAGGUUUGGGUGGGUUUGCGCAGAGCGGAAUGCAGCCGAGCAUUCAUAGUUACCACUCUCAUCAGGCAUCGAAAACAUUUGGACAUCAACCUUUUUACGGAUGGUAUUGAAGUCGAUUCAAUAAAUUAUUAAUUCGAAGAAAAUCAAGUUGAAAACUUGAUUAUAAAUUCAAUCAUGUCCAUGUGCUAGGAAGCACUGUAAAUGCUUAAAAAGCCGAAUUAUUUCGAUAAACGAUUUUAUUAGCGAUAUCGAUUUUUGAAGAUGAAGUUAAUGUAUCGAAGCACA